AUGGUUAACCCCACCGACACUUCUUCUGGUUACGGCAUUGGUGUUAUCAAUGAAGAGUCCGAAAAGCCUUUUGUCACUGAGAUUCCUGUCCCUCCAUCCGUCCGCAAUAGUCUGACACUGAAGCUAACCAUGACAUAUGCCGAUGUUCCCGGUGCAGCAUUGUCUAAUGGUCUCAAUCUCGUGGUCAAAGCAGGAGACAGAGAAAGACAUGGAAACCAGGGUCAACAAGAAUUCGACAACACUGCAGCUGGGUCGUUUGACCGUAGGAAUAAUGUUGAGCAGGUUAUCUGGCCGCAGAUUCCUGGGGACAAUGUAAAGAUUAUUAUCAAGCCUUACCGACUGGAUCGGGUUAGGGUUGAGAUGAAAUGCGCGAGUCUUAGUGAAAGCUUUACUAAAGCUCUCUAUCUACUUGCCCUACGCCCUCGAACACAAUUUUCAGCUCUUGUCGUCCCUUCAGGUACUUUUAACAACGUUCCUAAUAAGCCAAAUCUAGCAAGUCAAGUUGGCAAGCCAAAUCAAGUCAAGUUCUCCUUAUUCAGACCUGCGAGACUUGCAAGUCAUAUAUGGCAUCUAGUUUUUCCUAUAUAUAGGGUCAAUUGGCCCCGGAAAGUGGCCAAAUAUGGUUCUGGUGAUAAUUUUCGGGGUGGUGUUGUCUCGCCGCCACUUUAUUUGGGCACCUAGGUGCCCAUGUAUUGGCCGCCCCUUAGGAAUCUCUUUCUCCCCUUAUAAACAAUCAUUUUGCCCAAGUCGCACUCGACCAUGUUUGUGCCCUUGUCCCGUCACACUGGUUCUCAGACUUCAAUAAUGCCAUCUGAUGCAUUAUUGCCUUAGUUUCCUUAGAAAAUGACCUAAGUGCCUCUAGAAUAGAUGCCGGGGAGCUGCUCUGGUGCCUUGUGACUCGUCUUCAAGGUAUUCAGACUGAGAGCU